UUUAAAAGUGACGCCAAAUUUCAAUUUUCAACGAAAUAUUAAAAGUGUUAAAUAAGGGAAUUUAAAUACAAAUCAUUUGAAUUAUGGCUGACAUGGACGACCUGGACAUCCUGUCCAAUGCCGAAUUAAGAGCCAAGAUGGUGUCCCAGGGCUUACCCAACAUUCCUGUGACGGACAGCAGCCGAAAAGUUUUGGUCAAGCGUUUGCGCGCGUCUUUAAGUGGCGUGGCGCCUGGAUCGCCAUCAUCAGCUGCAGCCAGUCCGAAGAAGUCCUCCAACCGGCGUGACACAAUGCAGCCAGCGUCCAGUUCAGUUGCCCCAGUAACUGCACCCAAAGCACGCCGCACGUUGGCGGUGGCCACACCUACUAAGGAACCCAAAGAGAUUGAGCGUCCCAACCGCAUGGCAGAGGAGAAAAUCAAGCAACCUGCUUCACUUGUUCCCAUACAGACGCGCCGCAAAUCCAACACCAACACGGCACCUCCUAGCCUAGAGCACCGAGAAGUGGCCAAAAAGCCAGAGACCAUAGUGGAAGAAUCACAGCCACCGAAGCGGAAUAUUCAGCACGAGAAAACUUUGGAGGUCAACUCUCUGAUUGUGCUAGAGUCCGAUGACGAGGAGGACGAGGAAAUGCUGAAGGCAGCCGCCAAGGCUGAACAGGAGUUUCAGCGUAGCCAAAAGACUAAAUUGUCGACAACAACAACCAAAACCCACGAGUACAUCAGCAGUAGCCAGGCUGUGGAACCACCACGUCCACGGCAAUACGAGCCAGUUGUGCCGAGUCGAGCUCCAAUUGCAGCUCCUGCACCUGUUCAGAGUCGGGCUCCAGCCCCCGCUCCAGUCACUUCCCCGUCUGCGAUUGGGACCGGCGGCAGCAGCUCUUAUGAUUAUCUGAAUACCCAAAGCGGUCGCUAUAGCAGCUACACCAGUUCGUCAGCCCAAGGCUAUGGGAGUGCCAAGACUAAUCCCAGCUCUGUCACAACAAGCUAUCGCCAUUCACCAGCUGCCCACUUGUACCCGAAUCAAUUGAGUGAUGAUAAUGAAGAUGAGGAGGAGGUGUCUCAGUACGAGAGCACGUUCGCUCGAAAUUUGGCUCGGUUGAGAGCGGAGAAAAUUGGCGAUCGCAGCAGCCCCUAUACCAGACGCACUGUGGCCGGAACUGCCUCAUCUAAUGUUGGCUACGAACCACGAGCACGCCGUUCCCUACGGCCCGAGGGCACAAGUGUGUCAGUGGCCUUUUUCAACUGGAUAAAUAGCUUGGAUCAGAAAUACGGGUUGAAGUCGAAGCUAUUCGUAUUGGUUGUCAUUCUAAUUCUGAUUGGCGUAUAUAAUUUAUUUUACUGAAAACAUCAUUUAGACUAAACAUAAUAACGUUCCUGAGGAAACCUUUGAAAUAUUGAAAACAAUUACGUAUUGAUAUUGAAAACAAUUUAUAAUUUAUGUUGUCAUCUUGCAUGUAAAUGAUUGCUCAUGUCUAGCGUCACUUUUUUUUGUUUUGUAAACAAUUCAGUUCAGUUGUAGUUCCCUGUGCCAGAUUGUUAUUAGGCCCUGUUUAUGAUGAAUUUAUUGUGAAUGUAAGCAUUUUCGAAUAUUGUUAAGAUGAGUGUGUGCUAGGUUCGAAUAAAAAAAAAAAGAAAAAACACAA